AUGUCUGCAGUAAAACGCCUAAAUACAGAGAGGAGUUUCAGAGUGGUCGUCCGUCUGUGUGCCCGUGAGAACACACACUCACCCACAGCGAACAGACCAGAACAUUCUGUCUCUUUAGAUGAACCCAGAGCCUCCAUCAAAGUGACACAUCUCAACAGAGUAGUUGUUGACACUGGAAGGAGUCACAAGCCUCAUAUUAUAGACCUUGAUGCAGUCUUAAAUGAGGAGGCAUCACAGAGAGAUGUUUAUGAGUCUACAACAAAGUCUCUGGUCGAGUAUCUAAUGCAGGGUUAUAAUGGCUGUGUAAUUGUCUAUGGCUCUCCGGGCAGCGGUAAAACUCAUACCAUGCAGGGAUGCAGCGUGUCAGCCAAACACAGAGGCAUCAUCAGCCGCGCUGCUGAGGACAUCUUCACCUCCCCAAAGGUAUCUUACUGCAAAAUCAGAGUCUCGUUCUACCACAUUUUCAAUGAAAAGAUUUAUGACCUGUUGGAUCCAAAAGGGAGUGAGGUGAUCUGGGUGCGUGACUGUGAGGAGGUGGUGCGUCUCGAUGGGUUGACGGAGGUGGAAGUGAACUCCGCUCAGGAUCUGCUACAGGUGCAUCGUCGUGGCUCUGCCCUCAGACACACAGGGAUUUCAAAGGGAGAUUUUCCAAGCCGAUCCCAUAUGGUAUUCAACAUUGUGGUCAUUAACACAAUGCUCCAGUCCCCUGAGGGAGUUUUGACAGCCAGCAAACUCACUCUGGUGGAUCUGGCAAGCUCAGGAAAAUGUCGUAGUUCUGUGGUUCCUGACAUUAAGAGAACUUUCAAUGCCACAAAUGAAAACCCACAAGAGACCAAGAUGCUGAAACGCUCCCUCACCAUAUUCGGAAAUGUGAUUUUUGCCCUCAGCUCUGCGGGGUCCCAGCAUGUCCCAUACAGAGAAUCCAAACUAACCCGAGCACUUAGGGACUGUUUGGGAGGGAACUGCCGGACGUGUUUAGUGGUCACGGUGUCAUCUCAAUCAUCUUUAAUAUCUGAAACUCUCAGCUCUCUACAGUUUGCCUCCAGAGCCAUGGCUGUUCCUUCACGACCCAUAUACACAUCUCAAUUACAUUACACACCUGAACAGGUAUGUGCAUAUUUGAAUGGGAAGAAGGACAUUAAUCAUCUGAACAGACAACAGAUUUUACCACCGGUCGGAUCUGACAGAAAGUCGCAGACAUGCUUGCUUCCCAAUCUUUUGAGUUCAGUCAGUCCCUCUGAACAUAAACUCAGCUCAGGUCACUGUGGAGAUGGGACUUUUCUCCCCCAGCUGGAGAAACCAGGCCAAACCGAACCACCUGGGCAUUACAGCCGCGGAUCUCGAUCUGGAGAUGAGAAAAACAGAGCUGAUGGUAACAAGACCCGCUCCCUGCCCCGUUACCUGUCUGGGGCAGUUCUCCAUGAUGCUGGAGGGAGAGAAAGAACUGGAAAGGGAUCAGAGUUUUCAUCUUCACAGCGCCGUUCUGUAGAGCGGCUCUCUACAUCCUCUCUUGAAGCUUUUUCAGCUCCCUCAGCAGCUGUGGAGUGUCCUAACUGUUCCCGGCAACGAAAGAUCCGAGAGGACUAUGACAAGAUUAUCAUUCAGGCUAGGAGAGACAAAGAUUCUCUCAGUCAAAAAGUAGCAGAACUGGAGAAUGAGUUGAGAAAAAGAGCAACACAGGAGAGACAAGAGGGAUUGAGCUGGGAAAAGACAAGAGGAAAUCAAGAAUCUGCAAGCGACACAUCUGCAGAUAUGGGAAUAUUAAAGACUGCAGAGGUGUGUUUGCAAACAGAAGCAGAGGAGCUGAGAUCAGAGCUGAGCACAUGUCGUGAGAGAGAGAAAAUGCUGACACAAACGCUGCACUCUGAGAGAGAGAGACUGACCCAGGAUGUCCAGAAACUGCUCACACAGCUCAACAGCACCAGAGAGAGAAACAGCCAGCUUGUGUCAACCCAUAACAACCAGCAGGAGAGCUUGUUGGCAGAACUACAGACCAGCAGAGAAGAGCUCAAAAGAUUUCGAGAGAGUGUGUCUCUUACCCUCAGCCAGCUCGAGACUGAAAAGGCUGAACUGAUGUCACACUUAGAGGACAUAAAAAGUUCCUAUGAAAAGGUGUGCUUGGAAAAUGCUGGUUUGAGACAGAAACUCAAGUCAUUUUUAAGGGAGAUCAACUCUGCACCCUUUACAGAAUCCAGCAGUCCAGACACAAACACUUCACACACACACGCAGUCACAACGAACACCGAGAUGAUUGUCGUCUCACACCAAGUGUCUCAGCAGUAUCCUGCAGCAGGAAGUGAAUGCUGCUUUAGUCAGUGUGAAGAGUUUCAGCAUCCUGAGGAGGAGUUUACUGAGAAGUCUGAAACCACAAACAACAGCAACUGUGAACAGCCUCUGUAUAAACCUCAAAACCUCUACAAGCAGCUGAGGAGGGAGCACAGUCUAUUACUGGAUGUGAUGCUGGUUUUGUACAGGAGAGAGUGGUUUCUGCAGGAUGCCAUUCCAUACGUGAGACGUACACUCAGGAAGUGUGGACUGAGACCUGAGGAUAUAGACUAAAGACUGUACUUGUGUGUGAGUGAAUGAGGGAUGUGGAGAGUAAAAGUUAUCGUGUAUGAAUCAUAGUUAAGACAUAGUUCACCUAAAAUCGCAAAA